CGCUCGUGUCCAUAUCGCUGCCUUCCAGAUGUUUACAAGAGUUUUAUCCGGAUCAGCUGAUUCCGCCAUGUGUCUGCUAUGAUCAACAAGUGUUUAUGUAAUAUGAGCAGUAAGACGGCGAAAGUGCCUCUAAUAACAUGGAACCCCAACAGUAUAGCCCGUGUUUCUUCGCUUCAUGGAUUAUGCAUUCUUAUCGUUUAAUACCUUAACGGAAGCGCACGGGUCACAGUCCUAGAACACCAGACAGAGCGAGGUUAUAAAAGCGGCUCAGAAUGGCAGAUGAAUUAACAGAUCCUCUCCUCUCAAACGCUGAAGCUCCUACUGAUGACCUAUCUGCAUGUCCCACCAGCCCCAAAGUGGCCAUCCUCGGUUCCGGAGACUUCUCUCGUUCUCUAGCUGUGCGGUUGAUAGCUAGUGGUGUGCAGGUGGUGGUGGGGAGUAGAUGUGUUAAUCGCAUCCAGUCAGGGCUGUUCCCUGAUUCAGUAGAGUUGAUGAGCCAGCAGGGGGCAUUAAUGCAAGAUGUGUAUGUUGUGUUUAUGGCUUUGUUCCCUGAGCACUACCCUUCCUUGCUGGGACUGCAGUCUGCACUUGCAGGGAAGGUGCUCGUGGAUGUAAGUAAUGCAACAGAGAUAAAUACCCGUGGGUCAUCCAAUGCAGAGCGACUAGCUGAGCUGUUUCCAGACAGUCUGGUGGUCAAGGGUUUCAACACAGUGUCAGCCUGGGAGCUGCUGACUGGGGCUCAUGAUGGAAGCAUACAGGUCCUGAUCUGCAGUGACAGUACAGAGGGGAAAAGGAAAGUUCUGCAGUUGGCUCGGCAGAUGGGGUUCCACCCGGUAGACAUGGGUGGCCUUUCCGCUGCUCGAGAUCUUGAGGUAGCCCCUUUGCGCCUAUUCCCAUCUUGGAGUGGCCCGAUCCUUGUCACCUUCCUGCUCUUCCUGUUCUUCUAUGGCUACGGUUUCUUGCGGGGGAUUCUGUUGACGUUUCUUGCCCAAGGACACAAUGCUUUUUACCGUCUCGCCCUUGACCUGGUGAACGAGAGCCUGUCAUCAGUCGCCUUGGUGACCCUGGCACUUGUAUACCUGCCAGGCUUGUUUGCUGCAUGGUUGCAGCUCUGGAGGGGCACUAAGUACUGCCGUUUCCCAGCCUGGUUGGACCGCUGGUUGCUGCGGCGAAAACAACUGGGCCUGCUGAGCUUCCUGUGCGCAGCAUUGCAUGGUGUCUACAGCCUUUGCCUGCCACUGCGCAGAGUUACAAUGUACAGGUUAAUCAAUGCCGCCUACAAACAGGUUAAGGCCGGUAUAGAGGAGCCAUGGGAUGAGCAGGGUGUUUGGCGCUCUGAUCUCUACCUGACUUGUGGGGUGUUGGGUUUGGGUGUCCUCUCUCUACUGGCCAUCACAUCCCUUCCCUCAGUGGGUAUCACCCUCAACUGGAGAGAGUUUACCUUUGUCCAGUCUGGUUUAGGCUACACUGCUCUGACUCUGUCCAUCAUGCACACGCUCUUCAUCAGCUGGGAUUUUGCCUUCCAUAUUGAGGCAUAUCCAUUCUACAUGCCACCAAGCUAUGUAUUAGCUGUAGCUCUUCCCUGCACUGUUCUGGUGUGCCGUUGCUUCCUGCUGUUGCCAUGCAUCUCCAUCAGACUGGCACGAAUCCGCCGCGGAUGGGAGAGUAAACGUAACUGUCCUGUCUUACAGCACCACACUGUAGUGGCUAAUGGAAUACCAUAGGAAAUCUGAGAAGGAGAACAGACAUCUGUGCACUGACCUGAUGUAACUAAAGCUGCAGUGUGUAAUAUAUGCACCACUAACUUCAAACAGUCCUCCCAGGCUAAAUACAAAGUUGAACAAGGAGUAUUUUGAGAGGAGGGAACGUUUUUUUCCUGAAAGUAAUAUUUGGGAACAGUGACGACUGUCAAACAUAUAAAACUGUUGCAUGUUAUAGAUUGAGAAGUAAUCGUGCAAUCUUAACACUAACCCUGCUAAGGUUGAGUAUUGGAUACAUGGAUGUGACCAUAGGUGUUAUCAGGUUCAGUCAGUACCAGCAGAGGUCUUCUCACAGAAGCACACAGACAAGAGCUCUGCACACAUGUCUACAGUACUUCAGGACUUCAGAUCAAAUCUCCUUGUCCAUGUAUUCAUGUUCAUAAUGAUACAAUAGCCAAUCAAGUACAUCAUUGUUGAUGUUUACACACCUCUAGAAUAUUUCUAAUGCACAGACUCAUUCAAAUAAGGUCAGUAUCACAGCUCCCAUACACAGGAGAGACUCCUCAAUCAUGCUGAGGUAUUUUGACCUUCAAUAAGUCCUGACUGGACUUCUGAUCUUGUUUUGUAACUCCUUUGUAAGCCCUUUUUUUUGUAAUUUGUGCCUUUACUGUUGUAAACAAACUCUGUGUGAACACAAAAUAAAAAUAAAAAAUAUU